ACAGCGGCGCUGAUUUACCCGUUCCCGCAGCAUCCCCCGAGUCCCGCUGGGCAUUCCCAGGCACCCGCGGCCCCCUGAAGCCUCCCCACGAUGCAGCACCGAGGGCCCAGCGGGGUGAACCAGCUCGGGGGGCUCUUCCUGAACGGCCGCCCCCUCCCCACGUGCAAGCGGCAGAGAAUCAUCGCGCUGGCGGCGAGCGGCGCCCGCAGCUCCGACAUCUCCCGCAGCCUCAAGGUGUCCAACGGCUGCGUCAGCAAAAUCCUGGCCCGCUACUACCGGACAGGGGCCGUGGGGCCCAAGGCCGGCGGGGGCAGCAAGCCCCGCAUGGCCACCCCCGCCGUGGUGGCCCGGAUCGCGCGGCUCAAGCUGGAGCAGCCCGGGCUCUUCGCCUGGCAGAUCCGCCGGCAGCUGCACGCCGAGGGAAUCUGCGCCAGCAGCCGCGUCCCCAGCGUCUCCUCCAUCAACCGCGUGCUCAGGACCCUGCCCGGCGACCUGCGGCUGGCGGUGUCCCCUCCGGCCGCGGUCCCGCAGCCCCCGCGGCACCGCAGCGGCGCCAGGAGCAGGAGCAGGAGCAGGAGCAGGAGCAGGAGCAGGAGCAGGAGCAGGAGCAGGAGCAGGAGCGGGAGCAGGAGCAGGAGCAGGAGCAGGAGCAGGACCGUGUUCUCCAGGCAGCAGGCGGAGGCUCUGGAGAAAGAGUUCCAGAGGGGACAGUACCCGGACCCGGCCACCCGCCAGAGCCUGGCCGCGGCCACCCAGCUCCCGGACAGCACCAUCCGGGUCUGGUUCUCGAACCGCCGAGCCAAGUGGCGACGGGAGAACAAGCUGGAGGCUGGCGGCGCAGGCUCCUGGUGCCGCUGGAUCCCGCCCGCCCUCGGUCCCGCCGCACAGCCGCUCCCGGACGCCCCCGCGGGCUCGGCGCAGCCCCUCCCCGGCCUGGCCACCCCCCGGCGACCCCCGGCCCCGCUGCACCUCUGCGCCCCCGGGCCCUGCGCCUGGGACGACGCUGUCUGCGGUCUGGCUCCAGGCGGGAGCCCCGCUCCCGCGCCCUGGCAGCCCCUGGAGAGCCCCCCCUUCGCCCUGCUGCCCCCCGGGCUCACCCCGCUGCCAGCCUGGGGCCUGAAGCCCCGCUGAGCCCCCGGUGCCACCGUGCCCGCGCCCCGAGCCCCCCGCCCGGCGAGCCCUCAUCCCUGGCAGGGGGGGGGGGCUCCGACACCCCCGAGCCGGGAA